CAGCACUUUCUGGACUUCUGAAUCUGUCAGGCUGACCGCGGUCGAAGCCCCAGCAGGCGUAUAAAACAGAGGUCUUGGCCAGGAAACUUCAAGAACAGCACGAGUAGAGGAGCAUAUUAGUAGUUUUCCUACGCAGAUUUACUUUGAAAAGUUUCUGAUUUCGACUUUUACGCACAUUUUAGCCCGUGCGUAAAAACGCACAAGAGGCGUUGACGCCAAUUUGGAAAAAAUCGUCUAAAGCUUCAACAAGGGACAUCUUUCGACCUUCAGUCCGGGUUAUUUGAGGUCCUUCACACUUCAACCAUGGCAGAGGGUGAUUUCUACACGCUGGGCAGCAGGCAGAGGAUUCCCAGAGACCCGUUCGCUCCGCAUUUCAUGGACGACGAUUUCAGCAUGCCGGCUUUUCCGGACGACAUGGCCAUGGACUGGCCUGACUGGGGGCUUCCCAGGAUCACGAGUCGCCGCAGCGCGCCCUGGCCCGGCGGCCUGCGCUCCACUUUCACACCGCGGAGAUACACAGAGCCUCCGCGCUGCCCCCCGGCCAGCCACCCGGACGAGCCGUGGAAAGUGUGCGUGAACGUGCACAGCUACAGGCCCGAGGAGCUCAGCGUGAAGACCAAAGACGGUUUUGUGGAGGUUUCAGGGAAACACGAAGAGAAGCAGAACGAGGGAGGAAUCGUGACGAAAAACUUCACAAAGAAGAUUCAGAUCCCGGUGGAUGUGGACCCCCUCACAGUCUUUGCCUCCCUGUCUCCAGAGGGUGUGUUGAUCAUCGAGUCACGACAGACCCCUCCUUACUACCUCUACUGCAGCGAAACCCCUGCAGAGCCCACAGACGAGCCCGAGGCCAAACCGCAGGAGUCCACCAUGGCUUAGAACGUGACCCAGCAGCCCUCAAUACAGCCAGUCUGGACAGUGAAGACCAUGUGGACGUGAUGUUUGCUCCAAGCAAAUUCCUACUGCAACCCCUAACUUGAAAUAUCUUCUGAUGAGCAUUUUGACAAACUAGUUAUGCCACUGUGCUCCUGGAAAUCUGCCUUCCUGCAGAGUUUGCUUACUAGCAAAACAUCCUUUACUCAAGGUCUUCUCAAAGAUUGCAGUUGGUAGGACUCUGUAGGAGGGUGGAUUUAGAGGAGGAAGGUUGGUAAUAAAUGAGUUAACAUAGGAGGUACCUUAUUAUUAAGUAGCAAGUGGUUGGAUCAAAUUAGCACAUACGUGUGGUUCUCAAAGACACUUGAUUGAUGCAAGAGUUGAUGAGGCCCAUUUUCAAAUUUUUAUUGUUGAUUGAGUUGAUGUGCUUGUAAGAUGCUGAGCAGAUCUUCAAGCAGUGCAUAAUCAGUGGAUGAAUAACUCCCAGAGCAGUUUGCUUGAAGCUCAGUAGCAGCCUUAAGGCAGAUCAGAUGUUUAGACACAGAAGUCUUCUGCAAAGUGAAUGUUGCAAGGUGAAAGGUGGAAAAGGUCAGUGGUCAGGAUCAGGCCUGUAGUUUGGAGAGACUUUAAGGACUUUUUCACCUUCCUACUAGUCCUAACUGAGUUGUAAGCUGCACCCAGAAUACAUCCAUUUGGAUACAAAUCGGGCGACGCGAGGUGUGUUUUCGGAGUAUGAAUUCUGCUUGACUGUCAUAUGAAGCUCUGUGCACGGUCCAGACUGUAGAGGUUCACUUUUUAUGCUUGACUUUUUUUUUUUUCUUUUCGAAAAUCCAGUUUUCUUGUGAAGAUUUGGUGUGUUUUAUAACUAAAUUUAUUUACAGUUGCUAGCUUUUUAUUUAUCUGCAAAAGAUGAUGGAGGAAAUGAAGUUAAUUUAAUUAACAUUCGGUUUUGCUAAAAGUGAAUGUUAGUAUUUUAUCAGUUGAUGUCUUUCUGAUGCUCUUGUCACUGUAAAUAUAGAGUUUGUAACUCAUACUGAGAAAGUAUAUAAAAUAAAAUGUCUUACUAAAAUCGUCUCAUUGCCUGUGAUUAAACAUACAAUUAAUUAUUUCUAAA